CGGUGCGCGUGCGCGGAGGCCUGCGCGCUCUGCGGCGCGGUCCGCGGCGGAGGCGGCUCGAACGGAUAGGGGGUGGCGGAUGGCUCUGCGGGGCCCGGCGGUCUUAGGGCCCGGUUCCCGCGGGUCGUUGGACGAGGCCGGGGCUGAGGGGCGCGAGGCGGCGGCCCUUGCGGCGGCGGGAGUCGCGCUGGAGGACGAGGAGGAGGACGAUGGCCGCCGGGGCCUGCUGCGCUGGGACGGCUUCUCCGCCUGGCUACACUGCGUGUGUGUGGUGGGCUUCGACCUGGAGCUGGGCCAGGCGGUGGAGGUAAUAUAUCCUCAGCAUUCCAAACUUACUGAUAAAGAAAAAACCAAUAUUUGCUACUUGUCUUUUCCAGACUCAAAUUCAGGUUGUCUUGGAGAUACCCAGUUUUGUUUUAGAUUCCGCCAGUCUUCUGGGAGAAGGGUGUCACUACACUGUCUUCUUGAUGAAUUUGACAAAGAUUUACCAGUUUACUUAAAGAAAGAUCCUGCAUAUUUUUAUGGAUACGUGUAUUUUCGACAAGUUCGAGAUAAAACUCUUAAAAGAGGCUACUUUCAGAAGUCAUUGGUUUUGAUCAGCAAACUACCUUAUAUUCAUUUUUUUCACACCGUACUCAAACAGAUAGCACCAGAGUAUUUUGAAAAAAAUGAACCUUACUUGGAAGCAGCUUGUAAUGAUGUUGACCGAUGGCCUGCCCCAGUGCCAGGGAAAACACUGCAUCUGCCUAUCAUGGGAAUAGUAAUGAAGGUCCGGAUUCCCACGUGUCAUGACAAGCCUGGGACCACGCAGAUGGUGCAGUUAACUCAGCAGGCAGAUACACACACAUCUGUUAUUUUGCCUACUGUUCAUGAGGUGGAUCUUUUCAGGUGUUUCUGCCCAGUGUUUCUUCACAGUCAGAUGCUUUGGGAGUUGGUGCUCUUGGGAGAGCCCCUUGUGGUCAUGGCGCCAUCGCCGUCAGAGUCUUCAGAAACUGUACUGGCCCUUGUUAACUGUAUUUCUCCAUUAAAGUACUUUAGUGAUUUUCGGCCUUAUUUCACGAUUCAUGAUAGUGAAUUCAAAGAAUAUACUACCCGUACUCAAGCUCCGCCCUCAGUCAUCUUAGGAGUAACCAACCCCUUUUUUGCUAAAACACUACAGCACUGGCCACACAUUAUUCGAAUAGGAGAUCUUAAACCUGCAGGUGAAAUUCCUAAGCAAGUUAAAGUGAAAAAGCUGAAGAACCUAAAAACUCUGGAUUCUAAACCUGGAGUUUAUACUUCUUACAAGCCAUAUCUAAACAGAGAUGAGGAGAUCAUAAAACAACUCCAGAAGGGUAUACAGCAGAAGCGUCCUUCUGAGGCCCAAAGCGUUAUUCUCCGGCGCUAUUUUUUGGAACUAACACAAAGUUUCAUCAUUCCAUUAGAAAGAUAUGUGGCAAGCUUGAUGCCUUUGCAGAAAAGUAUUUCUCCAUGGAAGAGCCCACCCCAGUUACGGCAGUUCCUUCCAGAAGAAUUUAUGAAAACACUUGAGAAAACGGGGCCUCAGCUCACCUCUGGAAUAAAGGGCGACUGGAUUGGACUUUACCGGCAGUUUCUAAAGUCUCCAAAUUUUGAUGGCUGGUUCAAGACCCGGCGGAAAGAAAUGACUCAAAAACUGGAGGCACUUCAUCUAGAAGCUCUUUGUGAAGAGGACCUUCUUCUCUGGAUCCAGAAACACACAGAAGUAGAAACAGUGGACCUUGUGUUGAAGCUGAAAAAUAAGUUGUUGCAGGCUGACCGAGAGAAUUUACCUGUGAAGCCUGACACUGUGGAGAAGUUACGGACACAUAUAGAUGCAAUUAUCCUAGCCUUACCAGAGGAUCUGCAAGGCAUACUGCUCAAGACUGGCAUGACAUGAUACUUGCCAGGUUUUUCCAGCCAGAAAGGACUGUGAAGCAGGAAGCAUACUGACAUUUCAUCUCGACGCACACAGGAGUGAUCUCAGUGACACUAGCAUGGAAACAAGCAGCAAUUGCUAGACACAGGUGGAAAGACUGAGCGUAUAAACAGACAUUUGUAGUGCAUUCUGUGGUGGGUCCACAAUACUGAAAUACCGAAAGACAUUUCCAUAUUUUUAAUCACGUUCUAAAGUGCUCUUAUGAGAGACCUAUGGGGCCAUCAAUGUAAGUGACUCCAAACUGCAGUGCCGGCAUUGCAGAUAUUUUUUUAAAUUGGUGCUGCUUUGCCCAAUCAUGUUGAACUCAGGGGAAUAUAAGAAUAAUGUUCACACUGGCUGUCUUCUUAAGAAGGAAAAACUGAACUUUCCAACUAUAGUUAGAUAUAACUGAGGCUUAUGUAGUGCCUUCCAUUGUCCUAUAUGUUUCACAGGGUCCAGCUGCUAAUUGUAAGGCUUUUUCUUUUUUAAUUAUGAUAUAUAAUUUCAAAGGCAUUAUGUCAAGUAAUCACUUGCCCAAAA